AUGGAGCUGUUGACAUGGCCGCAAAUGGCGAGGACCUCUUCUCUAUAUGACGUGUACGACUCAUCCGAGUGCAAGAAGAUGCUCGGUAACGGGCGAAUUCGGAGACAAAUUUUUAGGCAAAAAGCCCAUGUCGAUAUCUUCGUCGUAGAGCUUCACGUCGUCUCCGAUAGAGAGCACCAAAAACAUUUUAAAACGCACGAGGAUCUCAUUUUAUACAUGGCUGUCAUGACGAAUGCCGUGAACUUAAGGUAUCUGGACAUGACGAGACCAAGGAUAAAAUUCAUUCUAGUUGGAGUAACAAGGAGUUUAGAGGAUGAUUUCGCUAAAAUUAUAGAUGGAGCUAUUAUUGGGCCAGAAACACUGGAAGGCUUGAUAAAAUCUUACAGAGAAGGAAAAAUCGCGGGUGCGCCUGACGUGGUGCACCUCAUAACUGGCCGAGACAUGGCCCGCUAUGAAGAUAAUACUCUGGAUAGAAGCUACGAAGGAGUUUCAAAUCUAGGCUCUGUCUGCACUAAGUACGCAGUCGGCUUAAGCGAAGAUACUGCAACGACAUUCCUGGGAGCAGCUGUCAUGGCUCAUGAACUCGGUCAUGUGUUGGGAGCACGGCACGAUCAUCCUCCGAAGUGCCCGUGGUCAGAAGGAUAUCUAAUGAGUUACCUGGAUGGAGGUGCUAAAAAAUAUCGGCUUUCUUCGUGCACUGCAGAGGACAUACGCAAUACUGUGAAGAAACUGCCAUGGGAGUGCAUAAGAAUAGUUUCGCGCACAAACUACAUGUCCCUACACAAGGCACUUCCAGGCCAAAUUAUUAAUGAGGAGAAUUACUGCCGGAAAUUUCUGAAGGUUGAUGACAAGCGAGAGAAUGUCUACUCCGUAAAGUCCAUGCACAAGGAGUUCAAAGGGCUCAAGCAGUACGUGGAUGAGCCUCUCCACGGCGUUAAGAGGACCCGCAAGCGACAGCCUACCAUUGGUGACAAGCCGAAUGUCAAAUACACUGUAACCACGGAGACUGAGGACUCAACUUUGGGCGCUUCCCAACAUGGCAAACAGAGCACCCAGACAAUAUGA